AUGGUGGUAGUGGUCCUGCUGGGGCUCAGCUGCUUCUGGGCUCCCCUGGGUGCUCUGGUUCUGGAAUUCAACAACAUCAAGAGCUCCGCUGACCUGCCAGGCGCUCGGAAGGGUUCACAGUGCUCGUCUGACAAGGACUGUAAUGCCAGGAAGUUCUGCCUCAAGCCUCAAGAUGAGAAGCCAUUCUGUGCCACAUGUCGCGGCCUCUGGCGGAGGUGCCAGCAUAGUGCCGCGUGCUGCCCAGGGACGCUCUGCGUGAACGAUGUUUGUACCUCGGUGGAAGAUGCAAUGCCAAUACUGGAAAGGCAGACCGAUGACCAAGAAGACACAGACACCCAAGAAACAACUGGGCAUCCAACUCAGGAAAACAAACCCAAAAGGAAGCCAAAUAUUAAGAAAGCACAAGGCAGUAAGGGACAAGAGGGAGAAAGCUGUCUUAGAACUUUGGACUGCGGUGCUGGACUUUGCUGUGCUCGUCAUUUUUGGACUAAAAUUUGCAAACCAGUCCUACUGGAGGGACAGGUCUGCUCUAGGAGAGGGCAUAAAGAUUCUGCUCAAGCUCCAGAAAUCUUCCAGCGUUGUGACUGUGGUCCUGGACUGGUAUGUCGGAAUCAAGUGACUGGCAAACGGCAACAUGCACGGUUAAGAGUAUGCCAAAAAAUCUAAAAUGGCUGUGACUAUCUCAGAAAUAAAGACGACACCUUGUUGUAUUCAACCAUAAAUCUCAGGCAUUAAUUUUAAAAUCUUGUCAUACAGACACCUUUCAAAUCAAAUCUUGUAGUAAUUGAAAUUGAGCUAGAGAACUGUGAGAUGCCGCCUUGGGAAUCGGUGGAAAUUAGCUUUGGCCUUUUGUCUAUUUCUGCAGAAAAGUAAUGUGCUUGCAUAACAAAACAGUUAAUUAUGAUCUAGGGACUCGGUUAGUUCAAGUAUAUCUUGAAGUAAUUCCUGGUGAAGUUCUGGUAUCUGACAGUCACUUGGAGAGAAAAAAGGUGAUGGUGUCUGCAGUUAAGUGAAUUCUUAUACCUUGCCAGUGAAAUUAGCAAAUACUGUAUUUGUCCUUCAAAAACCUUAGUGUUUAUUUUCUUUUAUUUCUUUGAACGGAAUGUCAUUCUACUACAAAAUAAUGUGGUUAAUAAACAAGACUUACAACCUAUCUUCUGCCCAUAUAGUCCUUUCUAUG